AUGAGAUUCGGCAGAAAUUUCCAACGCUCGCAAGUCCCAGCUUGGAGGGAAUCCUACGUUGACUACUCUCGCCUAAAGGCCCUAGUCAACACCAAACCAGCUCUCGAAGAGCGGCCAUCAGAUCUCAAGGAAGCUGUCCGCCAUGAAAUUAGCAUCAUUGAAAGCUUCCUCCGCGUUCAGGGCCACGAGAUUAGCGCCCAAAUAGAGGCCCUAAAUGAGCAUUGGGGCACCAACAUUGGCCGUACGAAAUUACCACCACAGUACCGCGGCGUCUCCACGUUGGAGCUCGAAGACCUACAAACCUCAUUGAUAGAAUGUGCCUACGACGUUGCCAAAUGCCACCACUAUAUUAAAUUCAACUACGACGCUCUUUCCCGCAUCCUCAACAAGGCCACUGCCUUGUUCAACGCCGAAGAACUAUUUGAUAUCAAUCUCCUUCUAAGUCGUGCCAAGAACAAUCGAUGCUCCCAUCAUCCAUGGCUACCCGAGUUGAACACUGCCCUGAAACUUGUACGAGAAGCCAAAGAAAACAAAGAAUCAAACGCACCAUCGCGGUCAUUGCUUCUUGAGCAAUAUGGAAUGCAUCACUUUCCGCCCGAAAUCCGUCACUGCCUACAAGAGGAUGAUGGUGCCCGUUUGGAGGCUGUUUUGAAUCGCCAAUACCAGACUCCCUCUCCAGAGAAACAAUCAGCCAUUGCCCGACUGGUUCAUGUUGCCUUCACUCAACGAUCUUCCAACUGCCAGCAUGUUCUCUUGUCUAGUCUUCAAUCCAACCCACAGAAGCCUUUUCACACAAUGGGGAGUGAAGACUAUUUGCACCAGGUAAUACAGCAGCUCGCCCGAUCUGAGGCUUCUUCAAGCAGCCUUUCUGCAGCCAGUGCCUUCCACCGGGUGCUGGAGCUGCUCCACCCGACCCAACUCCCCCUGCUGCGAAGUCAGGACAGUUUAGGCCGCUUGCCCCUCCAUCAUGCAGCUCGCCUAGGCCUCGACGGAGUGUGCCUGGAAAUCAUAUGCGCCAUUCGAUAUUCGACUGUCAAGGCUUUCCAAGAACAAGUUCGUAUGUGCGCAGAUGUCUUCGGUCGGACGCCGUUGGACUACGCCGUUCGGCAUGGCCAUCUCGCUGUGGUCGGACUUCUGAUUUCGGAACAUAAGUGCCAAACUUCCUCAAAUGGACCGAAUCCGGUCGAAAAACUAGACAUUCUUGUCACAGCCAUUUCAUCUAACUUCACAGACAUCGCCAUGCGACUAAUCCAAGAAGGCUGGGGCUUCCAAUUUGUCAGUAGAUCCGGCAAGAAUAUCCUACAUUUGGUUUCAGAGCAUGGAUCCUCUGUUUUAAUCAAAAACCUCGUAGCGCUUGGAGUGGACGUCAACGCCCGAGAAAACGACAGAGGGUGGACGCCACUCAUUACCGCCUGCGUGCUGGGACAUACUGUUGUUGUCAAAGCACUCCUUCAAGCGGGCGCUGAUGCCCGCAUUCACGAUCGGCAAGGAUGGCUGGGCAAGGAUCACGCAGCGUAUAGGGGCCACAUCGAUAUUAUGAACACCAUCCAAACGAGUGGCUCUCUUUUCCUGCCUUCCAAGCACGGCAACCAUCUUUGUAACAAAAUUAUUCUACCACGACGCUCGUCUACUGACUCGGUCAUCUUCAUCUAUCUGGGGACGCUAGAUCUACUCAAGAUUACACCUGAGGUCAAUAUUACACCAUACAGAGCCCGCAUAUCGCCCGCUCAGAUACCCGACACGUAUCUUGACCUUAGCAUCUCACUCAUCGGAGGCAACAGCCCAGAACACAUAGUCCCUCUUCCAUUUAUAUCGGAAAACUCUGACCGGCCCUGGUGCUUCACGACUAAUGAUAUGGAAAACGCAGCCGUUAUCUUCAAGCUCACUAGCCCGCUAGAGGAGAAACCAAUUGGAGCAGCUAUCGCACUCCUCAAAAGCCUGAAGGGAGGUCUGGGAGCCAACCAUGAAAGCUUGAUCAGAGACUUUACCAUCCCCCUUGUCAGUGAUCAAUAUGGCCACGUAGGAAGUGUGGUCUUCACAUUUGUGGUCGCCCGUCCGUUUCACGGGGCGCGAGGCCCGUCGAUCGAACCCCAAAAGUUGGAACUAGAGGCCUUAACAACUCUCGGCGGCCAUCGCGAUGUUCAGUUGACUAAGGAUGAGGUCCCCGUCAUUUACCACGAUUUUCUUGUGGUUGAGAAAGGCUCUAAUGCGCCGAUGCACACACUUACCUUGAAGCAGUUCAUAGCAAUCAGUGAUGCACAGUCGCCCUCGGGACUGUUCAACGACCAACCUAAGAGACUACCAUGGGAUGAACGUGACCGCCCCAGUGUGCUUCCUAGCUCGCGCCGCGGAUCACUCUGUUAUAAGCCCAACCUCCGGGGCCAAAGCAUCCACGAGCCCUUCAUCAGUCUCGAGGAAUUGUUCCAUAGUCUGCCGGAAGAGAUCCCAUUCGACAUCGAACUGAUAAUAUACACGCACGCAGGACCCCGUCGACGAAUUAUCUUCUCAUCGUUCAACCCAGAGAUUUGUAUGGUGUUAGCCGUGAAGCAGCAGCCAUAUCCCAUUCUCUUUUUGAACGACUCAUCCAACUGGCCUACAGGUGAUAUGAGAGCCACGAGUUUACAGACUGCAGUACGCUUCGCCCAUAAGUUCGGGCUGGCUGGAGUAGCCAUGGCAUCAGAGCCGUUUUUAGCAAGUCCCGGUUUGGUCGGCUUUGUAAGAAACCAAGGGCUCUACACUGCCACCUACGGGCCUUUGAACGAUGAUGUUAACUGCGUAGAGAUUCAAGCUAAAGCAGGCGUUAACUUAAUCAUUGUGAACAAGAUAACUUAG